AUGGCUGGAGUCCACGUUUGCAGCGCGGAUUGCCGGCUGCGGGAGCGCCAGGAUCUGGUGGCUGCCAUCACCACGUUCGACUCCUACGGCCUCAACGGGAACACCCCGCAGAACAACUUCCGGAGCUACUCCUCCGGCAGCAAUGGCGGCGCCGACGAUUUCAAGGGGUACAGGGACAAUGCCAACGUCGGCGACGACAGCUUCACGUCCUACGCGAACGACGCCAAUGGCACCGCCGCCGACUUCCAGAGCUACGGCAAGUCCGUGAACCCAGGGAGCGUGGCGUUCAAGGGGUACGGCCAGGGCGCCAACCCCAACCACCGCAUUGGGUUCACGCGCUACACCGGCGACAACACCAUCUUCAAGGCCUACUCCAACGAGGGCGUCGAGUUCAAGGAGUACCAGAACAUGUUGAGGAUGGAGGUGUCCAAGGUGGCAGCCAACCUCUCCCUCUCCUCCUCCAGGAACCACCGCCCGCCGCCCAAGUGGUCGCCCAAGCCGGGGAAGUUCUUCCGCGAGCGAGACCUCAUCACCGGGAACCGGAUGCCGAUGCCGGACAUCACCGACAAGAUGCCGCCACGCGCGUUCCUGCCGAGGGACAUCGCCGCCAAGAUCCUGUUUGAGGCGGGUGCCGUGUCUGCGCUGUUCGGGGCGCCGUCGGGCAACGCGAUGAGGCAGGUGGUGGCGUCAACAGUGGAUGAGUGCGCGCGCCCACCCAGCCGAGGCGAGACCAAGCGGUGCGCGACGUCGGCCGAGGACAUGCUGGACUUCGCCGUGGAGAUGCUCUGGGACAAUGUGGCCGUGCGCAGCACCGAGUCUGCAGCUGGCAGCAGCUGGGACAUCAGGAUCGGUAGGGUGGCCGGCGUCGCCGGCGGACACGCGACGCGGUCCGUGUCGUGCCACCAGAGCAUGUUCCCGUACCUGGUGUACUACUGCCACUCGGUGCCGAGCAUGCGGGUGUACGAGGCCGAGAUCCUGGCCACCGACUCCGGGUGGAAGAUCAACCGUGGCGUGGCGAUCUGCCACCUCGACACGUCGGACUGGAGCCCGGGUCACGGCGCAUUCGCCGCGCUUGGCGGGAAGCCGGGUGAGAUGGAGGUGUGCCAUUGGAUCUUGCAAGGGGACAUGGUUUGGACGGUGGCCGAUUGA